AUGUCUUCUUCAGCGAUAUUCGUGCUCGAUUUGAAAGGCAAAGUGAUAAUUUCGAGAAAUUAUCGCGGAGAUAUUGAUAUGGGAAUUAUUGAUAAAUUCAUGCCUUUAUUAAUGGAAUGUGAAGAAGAGGCUCGUCAGACACCCGUUCUUCAUCAUCAACAAAUUUACGAAUAUUUUUCUUUAGUUGUGUCAACAUCUCGAAAGAAUGUGAACAUUGCACUGGUUUUGACCUUUUUAUAUAAAUGUAUCGAAGUGUUCGGAGAAUAUUUCAAAGAUGUUGAGGAAGAAUCAAUUCGCGAUAAUUUUGUUACAACUGAAGGAAAAAUAUUGUUUAUAACCCAAGAGGGAUAUAAACUGGAAAUUGCACCUCGACCUCCAAUGGCAGUGACAAAUGCAGUGUCAUGGCGAUCUGAAGGUGUAAAAUAUAGGAAAAAUGAAGUUUUUUUAGAUGUAAUUGAAUCAGUCAAUAUGUUGGCGAAUGCCAAUGGAACUGUUUUACAAAGUGAAAUUGUUGGAUCGGUCAAAAUGCGUGUUUUCUUAACUGGGAUGCCUGAAUUAAGAUUGGGUCUCAAUGAUAAAGUGCUUUUCGAGAACAGUGGGCGUGGAAAGACGAAAUCAGUUGAACUCGAGGAUGUUAAAUUUCAUCAGUGUGUUCGUCUAUCUCGUUUUGAAAAUGAUCGGACAAUUAGUUUCAUUCCUCCUGAUGGGGAAUUUGAGCUUAUGAAUUAUAGACUAAUGACUGUCGUAAAACCACUUAUAUGGAUCGAAGCUGUGGUUGAGAGGCAUACGCACUCGAGAGUUGAAUAUAUGGUUAAGGCAAAGUCACAGUUCAAACGACGGUCUACGGCUAAUAAUGUGGAAAUUAUAAUUCCUGUGCCUAGCGAUGCAGAUUCUCCAAAGUUUAAAACAUCUAUUGGAAGUGUUAAAUACACACCAGAACAAUGUUCAUUUGUUUGGACUAUAAAAAGCUUUCCAGGAGGCAAGGAAUAUUUGAUGAGAGCUCAUUUUAAUUUACCUUCCGUGCAAUGUGAAGAUCGUGAAGGCAAACCACCUAUGAAAGUCAAGUUUGAGAUACCUUAUUUCACCACAUCAGGAAUUCAGGUACGUUAUCUUAAAAUCAUCGAAAAAAGUGGAUAUCAAGCUCUUCCUUGGGUACGAUAUAUUACACAAAAUGGUGAUUAUCAGCUUCGUAUGAUGUAA